GACAAGUAACGUGCGCGUGUCCGUACGUUCCAUUAGUCCCUUCUUCAAGUGUCCCAUGAUUCUCCGUCCACCGGCGACAAUGAUCUGCCUGUUUUUGUCUGUAUUGUCUUACUUAAUUCAGCCAGGCUGGACCGGUGUAAAUGAACGCACCUUCAUUGCUGUAAAACCGGAUGGCGUGCAGCGCAAACUGGUGGGAGAAAUCAUGCGUCGCUUUGAAAAGAGAGGUUUCAAAUUGGUGGGACUCAAACUUGUGCAGGCAUCAGAGGACCUUCUCAGGGAACACUACUGGGAACUGAGGAGUAAGCCUUUCUUCAAGGAACUGAUGAGCUACAUGAGCUCUGGACCAAUUGUAGCAAUGGUGUGGGAGGGUUUGGACGUGGUCAAGACUGCACGCAAGAUGUUGGGAGAGACCAAUCCUGCUGACUCGCUGCCUGGAACCAUCCGAGGAGAUUACUGUGUAGAAGUGGGCAGGAACGUGAUCCACGGCAGUGACUCUGUGGAGAGCGCCCAGAAGGAAGUCUCUCUGUGGUUUCGACAGAACGAGCUUCACUGCUGGGAGGACAACAGCAGCCACUGGAUCUACAACUGACCAUCUACAUGUGCUGUGUGGGCUCCUGUAGGUAUACCAGUGUUUUUUUAUACUGGUGUCAUUACAAGAUGAAUCACAUCAUACCUCAGAAACAUUUUUUUUGGCUUUAGUAGCUUGUAGCCACGUGGGAGACAAGGUGUCCUUUUUUUCAUACAAUUUAUUUUGUAUCUAUCUGAACUACAUUUCUGAGGUGAAAUUAUAUUACAAAGCAAAAAUCCACUAAGUGAGCAAUACUCAUUAACAUGACAGUGUCUGCUUCUGUUAGUUUUCAUUGUCAUCUUACGUUAGUCCAGACACUAGCACGUGUUUACAGUUUAAAGCAAUGAGCUUGGAAUGUGGAGCAAUACAAUGUUUUGAUUUGUGUUUAUUGUGGGUUAACGCAUCAGGGAAUGGCAAGAAAAUAGCUGCAUUUAAAUCCACCCUAAAGGUUGAUUUCUAAAAUAUACAUGUUUCUCCUGUAGUAGUACUUGCAUUGAAAACCCAUUAACAUGGGAGCAAGGAACACAAUGAUUGUCUUUCUACACACAUGGUUUUUCAGUUUCCUGUACGUUUUUAAAUUCUUUAAGAUUGUAAAACAGAAGCGUCUUAUUUUUGAAACUUUUUUUUUGAAAGUUUCAAAAAUAAGAUGCUUAACAGCUUUCAAUGACCUCUUAUUUUGUAAUUUGUCAGGCUUAGUUUCCAAAUUUAAGAUACUGCACUAUAUUAUUAUAUAAUACGCUAAUAUAUUUCAUUCAAUAAAAUUUUUACUUUCUCUAAUGACUGCUUUUGUCAUAUUUGUGCUUUUCUAAAAUCCCAUGAUGCUGUAUGAAUUGUAUUGGAAUGGUCUAAAAAAAAUUAAAACAAGUUUAGUCAG